AUGAAUACUGGCUCUGGCAUUAACAAUUUCACCAGCUCGGUUUUGCCUGCAGCGCUUGGUAAUCUCACCAGAUUGCGCUCUUUGAGUUUUGGCUCAAACAACUUGCAAGGAACAUUGCCUCGCGAAUUGGGAAAUCUGACGUUGUUAGAUCAGCUAUAUAUUGACAGCAGUGGAUUGAGUGGACCAAUCCCUCAAGAACUCUCAAAUCUCGCAUCACUUCAAACAAUAUGGAUGUCGGAUAAUGGCUUCACAGGAGAACUCCCUGAAUUCUUGUCCACUUUCACUGAACUCAAAGAUCUGAGAGUUGAAGGAACAAAUCUCAAGGGCCCAAUUCCCAACAGUUUCAGUGCUCUAACAAAACUGGAAAACCUGAGAAUUGGUGAUCUUAACGUUGGCGAAAGUGACAGUUCUCUUGAUUUCUUAGAGAAUCUGACUAGUCUCUCCAUAUUAUCAUUGAGAAACUGCCAAAUCCGAGGCCCAAUCCCACAACGGCUGAGCACUUUCCCCAACCUUACAUUCUUGGACUUGAGCUUCAAUAAGCUGACGGGGCAGAUACCGGCUUCAUUCAAGGAUUUUUCUUCGCUCAAGUAUCUAUAUCUUGGAAGUAAUAACAUCGACGGAGUUUUACCUUCUGAUAUAGGUUCAAAACUACUUGCACUAGACGUAUCUUUCAAUCCUCUUACUGGAAAUAUCCCUCUUGAUGGAGCCAUAAACACAGUCGGCACUUCCAUCAAUGAUGUAAAUCUCAAGAACCAGAAGGCCUCUACCAUGCUGCAGUGCCUUGAUCAAAAUAUUAACUGCAAAAACAAAGCUCCAUCAAAUUCAUUUGCUGUCAACAGUGGUGGUCCGGAGCAAGCUGACACAAAUGGCUCCGUAUACGACGACGACUCGGAGAAGCUAGGAGCAGCCUCGUUGUACACAAGCAGCAGCAACAAAUGGGCAGUGAGCAGCUCCGGAGUCUUCAUAUCCAACAUAAAUGGGCCAAUUUAUAUAGCUCAAAACAGACUCCCAAAUCGCAAAACUCUCGACUCCGAGCUCUACAAAACAGCAAGAAUCGCUCCCGCCUCGCUCAGAUACUACGGCCUCAGCCUAGAAAACGGAGUCUACCGGGUGGAGCUCCAUUUUGCUGAGGUGGUGAUGGAUUACGACUCCGCUUCUUGGGAGGGCCUUGGCCGGCGCGUCUUCGACGUCUACAUUCAGGUAUUCGAGUGUUUGCAAGAUUUCAACAUAGUAAAAGAGGCCGGCGGGUCGAAGAGGGCGUUAAUCAAGACGUUCAAUGCCAACGUGACGAACACGCUGAUCGACAUUCAUCUGAUGUGGGCUGGGAAGGGGACUUGCUGCAUUCCACGGCAGAGCACGUUUGGCCCUUUGGUUUCGGCAAUUGCUGUUUCUCAAGUGUCAGCGUACGAGGAUUCGUCGAAGGGCGAGGGGAAGCGGGUGGGGAGGAUUGUGGGGAUUGUGUUUGGGUGUGUAGGAGGUUUGGUGGUAGCAUGUGGUGUUGCAUAUUUCUGGUGGACCAAGAAGGAAUCUGGUGACCUGAAGAUUUACACACAAGCUCCCAAAGAUUAGUUUAUGAAUUAUGAUGAAUGAAUCAUGUUUGUUUUAUUGUGUGUGUGUGUGUGUGUGUUGUUUGAAUCGAAAUCUAUAUAUGCUUGCUUCCAAUUGUGUCAAAUCAGAUUAGUUUAUAA